AUGGCCACUGAAGUUGAAAAGAAGUGGGAAGGCAGGGUUAGUGCCAAGCUAAUAGGUUUCAAGGCAGACCAAAUAUGGCCUUUCUUGGAGGACUUCUUCAACGUCCACAAGUGGGUCUCAGUGGUAGACACUUGUUAUGGAGUUGAAGGCACUUCAGGUGAACCAGGUUGCAUCCGGUACUGUGCUUCCACAUCCGAUACUGGUUCGGGAGAAACAGUUUCAAAAUGGGCAUUGGAGAAGUUGGUAGAUAUUGAUCGGGUUGGGCAGUGCUUGAGCUAUGAGUUUGUGGACAGCAACAUUGGGUUUGAGUGUUACAUGGCAACAAUGAAGUUGUUGCCUAUUAAAAGCACUGAAGGAGAAGGAUCUGAAAUUGUUUGGUCAUUUGUUAUGAAUCCAGUAGAGGGACAGACACAGGAGGGCUUGGUUUCUUUUUACAAUACUGUUCUGCAGGGCAUGGCGCAGCGAAUGAAACAAGCUCUUGGAGCUGCCAAACAAAAUUGA